CAUGCCGUGCUCACAGGCUAUGGCUUCGGUGGGUUUCCUUUCAGAAAUGACUUGGCACUCCUGGUGCUGCAGAAACCCCUUGAGCCAGGCAGGAGGGAAGAAGCAAGCACUGCCACAAGAUGCUUAGCAGCGGGAUGGGGAGAGAUGGGAGCUGGCCCGGAGGAAGAACUGGCUGCCAGGCUCCAAGAAGCAGAGAUCUCUCUCCUCUCCCACCAGGCCUGUGUGAAGUACUGGGGACAAGACAUUGAAGAGGCCAAGGUCUGUGGAGGAGCUGUGGGGGCAGCUUUUUGCAUGGGAGACUCUGGGUGGCCAUUGGUCUGUGUGGUUGAUGGGCACUAUAAGCUGGCUGGUAUCACAAGCUGGGCCAGUGACAAGUGCCAUCCAGUCUACACCAGGGUUUCUGCCUGUGGACACUGGAUUUCAGCAGUCACAAACCAAGAUGUUUGA